AUGUCCGAUACGGGGGGCGGCGGCGGCGGCGGAGGGGAGGACGGCGGCCUGGAAGUGACCGGCUCCGCGGUGCAGAAUGUGGCCGACGUGUCGGUGCUGCAGAAGCACCUGCGCAAGCUGGUGCCGCUGCUGCUGGAGGACGGCGGGGAGGCGACGGCCGCCCUGGAAGCGGCGCUGGAGGAAAAAGGGGCCGUGGAGCAGAUGCGCAAGUUCCUCUCGGACCCGCAGGUCCACGCCGUGCUGGUCGAGCGCUCCACCCUCAAGGAGGACGUUGGUGAUGAAGGAGAGGAAGAAAAGGAAUUUAUUUCCUAUGGCAUAAGCACAGACAUUCAUUAUGGGAUGAAAUCAAACAGUUUGGCAUUCAUUAAACGAACACCGGUGAUUGAUGCAGACAAGCCUGUCUCCUCGCAGCUCAGAGUUCUCUCCCUCAGCGAAGACUCUCCUUAUGAAACCUUGCAUUCCUUCAUUAGCAAUGCCGUUGCUCCCUUUUUCAAGUCGUACAUCAGAGAGUCUGGCAAAGCAGACAGGGAUGGAGAUAAAAUGGCUCCUUCAGUUGAGAAGAAAAUUGCAGAACUUGAAAUGGGACUCCUGCAUCUGCAGCAGAACAUCGAAAUACCAGAGAUCAGUUUGCCGAUUCAUCCAAUUAUUACCAAUGUUGCCAAGCAGUGCUAUGAGCGUGGAGAAAAGCCAAAGGUCACUGAUUUCGGUGAUAAAGUCGAGGACCCGACUUUUCUCAACCAACUGCAGUCUGGCGUUAACCGCUGGAUUAGAGAAAUCCAAAAGGUGACCAAGCUGGAUCGGGACCCUGCGUCUGGCACUGCUCUGCAAGAAAUCAGCUUCUGGCUGAACUUGGAACGUGCCCUCUAUCGAAUUCAGGAGAAGCGUGAAAGCCCUGAAGUCCUCUUAACAUUGGAUAUCCUGAAACAUGGCAAGCGCUUUCACGCCACUGUUAGUUUUGAUACAGACACAGGUCUAAAACAGGCUUUGGAGACUGUGAAUGACUACAAUCCAUUGAUGAAAGACUUCCCCCUGAAUGACCUGUUAUCUGCGACUGAGCUGGACAAAAUAAGGCAGGCGUUGGUGGCGAUAUUCACUCAUCUGAGAAAAAUUAGAAAUACCAAGUACCCUAUUCAAAGGGCCCUGCGCCUAGUGGAGGCCAUCUCAAGAGACCUAAGCUCCCAGCUUCUCAAAGUACUGGGGACACGAAAGCUUAUGCAUGUUGCCUAUGAAGAAUUUGAGAAGGUCAUGGUUGCGUGUUUUGAAGUCUUCCAGACUUGGGAUGAUGAAUAUGAGAAACUGCAAGUCUUGCUGAGAGACAUUGUGAAGAGGAAGCGAGAAGAGAACCUAAAGAUGGUGUGGCGUAUCAACCCUGCCCACAGAAAACUGCAGGCUCGUCUUGACCAAAUGAGGAAAUUCAGGCGUCAGCAUGAGCAGCUGAGAGCUGUUAUUGUGAGAGUCUUAAGACCACAGGUGACUGCAGUAGCCCAGCAAAACCAGGGAGAGGUCCCUGAACCCCAAGACAUGAAAGUAGCAGAGGUUCUGUUUGAUGCUGCUGAUGCCAACGCAAUCGAAGAAGUAAACCUUGCUUAUGAGAACGUCAAAGAGGUAGAUGGCUUGGAUGUUUCCAAAGAAGGCACAGAGGCCUGGGAGGCUGCGAUGAAGCGAUACGACGAACGAAUCGACAGAGUCGAAACCCGCAUUACUGCUCGCCUGAGGGACCAGCUCGGCACAGCAAAGAAUGCCAACGAAAUGUUCAGGAUCUUCUCCAGGUUCAAUGCCCUCUUUGUCAGGCCCCAUAUCAGAGGCGCUAUUCGUGAGUACCAAACACAGCUGAUCCAGAGGGUGAAAGACGACAUCGAGUCACUUCAUGACAAGUUUAAAGUGCAGUACCCACAGAGUCAGGCUUGCAAAAUGAGCCACGUUCGGGACUUGCCCCCGGUGUCUGGGUCUAUAAUUUGGGCCAAACAGAUUGACAGGCAACUUACGGCUUACAUGAAGCGUGUGGAAGAUGUCCUUGGGAAGGGCUGGGAGAACCACGUGGAAGGCCAGAAACUGAAACAAGAUGGAGACAGUUUCCGUAUGAAGCUGAACACCCAAGAAAUAUUCGACGAUUGGGCCAGGAAGGUGCAGCAGCGUAACCUUGGUGUUUCCGGCCGCAUUUUCACCAUUGAAAGCACGCGUGUCAGAGGCCGAACAGGAAACGUUCUCAAACUAAAGGUCAACUUCCUCCCGGAAAUAAUUACCCUCUCGAAAGAAGUCCGCAACCUUAAGUGGCUCGGGUUCCGUGUUCCUCUUGCAAUAGUCAAUAAAGCUCACCAAGCAAAUCAGCUCUACCCUUUCGCUAUUUCUCUGAUUGAAAGUGUCCGUACGUAUGAACGCACCUGCGAGAAGGUGGAGGAGCGUAACACCAUUUCCCUCUUGGUUGCUGGUCUGAAGAAGGAAGUGCAGGCUUUGAUUGGAGAAGGGAUUGCUCUGGUGUGGGAAUCUUACAAACUUGACCCGUAUGUGCAGCGACUGGCAGAGACAGUCUUCAACUUCCAAGAAAAGGUGGAUGAUUUACUUAUCAUUGAAGAGAAAAUAGACCUGGAAGUAAGAUCCUUGGAAACCUGCAUGUACGAUCACAAAACCUUCUCAGAAAUCUUGAACAGAGUUCAAAAGGCUGUGGAUGACUUGAAUCUUCAUUCAUACUCCAACUUGCCCAUCUGGGUUAAUAAGCUAGACAUGGAGAUUGAGAGAAUCCUGGGAGUGCGCUUGCAAGCUGGGCUGAGGGCCUGGACACAAGUGCUGCUCGGGCAAGCUGAUGACAAGGCCGAAGUCGACAUGGACACGGAUGCCCCACAAGUCAGCCAUAAGCCUGGGGGAGAACCGAAGAUCAAAAAUGUUGUGCAUGAGUUGCGGAUAACCAAUCAGGUGAUCUACCUGAAUCCCCCAAUUGAAGACUGCAGAUACAAACUCUUCCAAGAAUUGUUUGCUUGGAAGAUGGUGAUACUGUCCCUGCCUAGAAUCCAAAGUCAGAGGUAUCAGGUUGGUGUGCACUAUGAGCUGUCAGAAGAGGAAAAAUUCUACCGGAAUGCAUUGACACGGAUGCCAGAUGGCCCUUCGGCCCUUGAAGAGUCUUACUCUGCAGUCAUGGGGAUUGUAACAGAGGUUGAGCAGUACGUUAAGGUCUGGCUUCAAUACCAAUGUCUGUGGGACAUGCAAGCUGAGAAUAUCUACAACCGCCUUGGGGAAGAUUUGAACAAGUGGCAAGCUCUCUUAGUUCAGAUAAGAAAAGCAAGGGGAACCUUUGACAAUGCAGAAACCAGGAAGGAAUUUGGACCUGUGAUCAUAGACUAUGGAAAGGUGCAAUCCAAGGUGAAUUUGAAGUACGACUCCUGGCAUAAGGAAGUGCUCAGCAAAUUUGGUCAGAUGCUGGGCCAAAACAUGACAGAGUUCCAUUCUCAAAUUUCCAAGUCGAGACAAGAGUUAGAGCAGCACUCUGUGGACACAGCAAGCACAUCAGACGCGGUGACCUUCAUCACUUACGUGCAGUCCCUGAAACGCAAGAUCAAGCAAUUUGAAAAACAAGUUGAACUGUACCGCAAUGGGCAGCGUUUGCUUGAGAAGCAGCGAUUCCAGUUUCCCUCAUCCUGGCUGUACAUCGACAACAUCGAAGGAGAGUGGGGUGCUUUCAAUGACAUCAUGCGCCGCAAGGAUUCUGCCAUUCAGCAGCAAGUGGCGAACUUGCAGAUGAAGAUUGUGCAAGAGGAUCGAGCCGUGGAGAGCCGCACAGUUGACUUGCUGACAGACUGGGAGAAGACAAAGCCAGUAACGGGUAACCUGCGUCCAGAAGAAGCUCUUCAAGCACUGACGAUAUAUGAAGGAAAAUUUGGGAGGCUAAAAGAUGACCGUGAAAAAUGUGCGAAAGCCAAAGAAGCUUUGGAACUUACAGAUACGGGACUGCUUAGUGGGAGUGAAGAACGUGUGCAGGUUGCUUUAGAAGAGCUGCAGGAUCUUAAAGGAGUCUGGUCUGAGCUUUCCAAGGUCUGGGAGCAGAUUGAUCAAAUGAAGGAGCAACCUUGGGUUUCAGUACAGCCUCGCAAGCUUCGGCAAAGUUUAGAUGGCUUGCUAAACCAGCUGAAGAAUUUCCCCGCUCGCUUGCGUCAGUAUGCCUCCUAUGAAUAUGUUCAGAGGCUUCUAAAAGGUUACAUGAAGAUCAACAUGUUGGUGAUUGAACUGAAGUCGGAAGCUCUUAAGGAUCGUCACUGGAAACAGUUGAUGAAGAGGCUGCAUGUGAAUUGGGUGGUUUCUGAACUGACCCUGGGGCAGAUCUGGGAUGUCGACUUGCAGAAGAACGAGCUAAUUGUGAAAGAUGUGCUGCUCGUGGCUCAAGGAGAGAUGGCGCUGGAAGAAUUUUUGAAGCAGAUCAGAGAAGUGUGGAACACCUACGAGCUAGACUUGGUGAACUACCAGAACAAGUGUCGCUUGAUUCGUGGUUGGGAUGACCUCUUCAAUAAAGUCAAAGAGCACAUCAACAGCGUCUCUGCAAUGAAGCUCUCACCCUACUACAAGGUGUUCGAAGAAGAUGCCCUGAGCUGGGAAGACAAACUGAACCGUAUCAUGGCACUCUUCGAUGUCUGGAUUGAUGUCCAGAGGCGUUGGGUGUAUCUGGAAGGCAUCUUCACGGGUAGCGCUGAUAUCAAGCACCUGCUGCCUGUGGAAACACAGAGGUUCCAAAGCAUCAGUACAGAAUUCCUGGCUCUCAUGAAAAAGGUGUCCAAAUCUCCCCUGGUCAUGGAUGUUCUAAAUAUUCAGGGUGUGCAGAGAUCACUGGAGAGAUUAGCCGACUUGCUUGGAAAGAUCCAGAAGGCCCUGGGCGAGUACUUGGAACGAGAGAGAUCUUCUUUCCCCCGGUUUUACUUUGUCGGCGACGAAGAUUUGCUUGAAAUCAUAGGGAACAGCAAGAACGUACCAAAACUGCAAAAGCACUUCAAGAAGAUGUUUGCCGGGGUGUCCAGCAUCAUUCUAAACGAGGACAGCUCCGUUGUUCUGGGAAUCUCUUCACGGGAAGGCGAAGAGGUGCUGUUCAAAACUCCCGUGUCCAUCACGGAGCACCCCAAGAUCAACGAGUGGCUCACGCUCGUCGAGAAAGAGAUGAGAGUAACGCUUGCCAAGCUGCUCGCUGAGUCAGUCACCGAAGUCGAAAUCUUCGGCAAAGCAACCUCGAUCGAUCCAUCCACCUACAUCUCCUGGAUCGACAAAUAUCAGGCCCAGCUUGUCGUCCUGUCAGCACAGAUUGCCUGGUCAGAGAAUGUGGAGUCGGCAUUGAGCAGCAUGGGCAGCGGUGGCGACAGCACGCCUCUUCAGUCUGUGCUGACCAACGUCGAGGUCACCCUGAAUGUGCUUGCAGAUUCUGUGUUGAUGGAGCAGCCACCUCUCCGCAGAAGGAAACUAGAACAUCUGAUCACUGAACUGGUGCACCAAAGGGACGUUACGAGAUCACUGGUCAGAAGUCGGAUUGACAACUCCAAAUCCUUUGAGUGGCUCAGCCAGAUGAGGUUCUACUUCGACCCCAAGCAGACAGACGUGCUGCAGCAGCUGUCCAUCCAGAUGGCGAAUGCCAAAUUCAACUACGGUUUCGAGUACCUUGGUGUGCAAGAUAAACUGGUGCAAACUCCUCUGACUGAUCGCUGCUACCUGACAAUGACACAAGCACUGGAAGCCAGGCUGGGAGGGUCUCCGUUUGGGCCUGCUGGAACUGGUAAAACAGAGUCUGUUAAGGCUCUUGGGCACCAGCUUGGCCGGUUCGUCCUUGUUUUCAACUGUGACGAAACAUUUGACUUCCAGGCAAUGGGCCGCAUCUUCGUGGGUCUCUGCCAAGUGGGCGCUUGGGGCUGCUUCGACGAGUUCAACAGACUUGAGGAGCGGAUGCUCUCUGCUGUCUCUCAGCAGAUUCAGUGCAUCCAGGAAGCCUUGCGAGAGCAUUGCAAUCCAAACUAUGACAAAGGUUCUGCUGUCAUUACCUGUGAGCUGCUGAACAAGCAAGUGAAAGUGAGCGCGGACAUGGCAGUCUUCAUCACAAUGAACCCUGGCUACGCUGGAAGAUCAAACCUGCCCGACAACUUGAAGAAGCUGUUCCGUAGCUUGGCCAUGACGAAGCCUGACCGUCAGCUGAUUGCCCAGGUCAUGCUGUACUCUCAGGGCUUCCGGACUGCUGAGGUGCUCGCCAACAAGAUUGUUCCAUUCUUCAAGUUGUGUGAUGAGCAGCUGUCUUCUCAAAGCCAUUAUGACUUUGGCUUGCGGGCGCUGAAGAGUGUUCUGAUCAGUGCUGGCAACGUGAAAAGAGAGAGGAUUCAGAAGAUCAAACGGGAGAAGGAAGAGCGGGGCGAAGUGGUUGACGAAGGAGAAAUUGCUGAGAACUUGCCAGAACAAGAGAUCCUGAUCCAGAGUGUCUGUGAGACAAUGGUGCCCAAACUGGUUGCAGAAGACAUCCCAUUGCUGUUCAGCCUCUUGUCAGAUGUGUUCCCUGGCAUUCAGUACCACCGUGGAGAAAUGACUGCCCUGAGGGAAGAGCUGAAGAAGGUGUGUCAGGAAAUGUACCUGACAUACGGUGACGGAGAAGACGUUGGCGGCAUGUGGGUUGAAAAGGUUCUCCAGCUCUACCAGAUCACUCAGAUCAACCACGGCUUGAUGAUGGUGGGUCCUUCUGGAAGUGGGAAGAGCAUGGCUUGGAGGGUGCUCCUGAAGGCACUGGAGAGGCUGGAGGGUGUGGAAGGGGUCGCCCACAUCAUCGACCCCAAGGCCAUUAGCAAAGACCAUCUGUAUGGCACUCUGGAUCCCAACACCAGAGAGUGGACCGAUGGAUUGUUCACGCACGUCUUGAGAAAGAUUAUAGACAAUGUGAGAGGGGAAUUGCAGAAACGCCAGUGGAUCAUCUUCGAUGGAGAUGUUGAUCCUGAAUGGGUUGAGAACUUGAACUCUGUCUUGGAUGACAACAAGCUGCUGACUCUGCCAAAUGGGGAGCGUCUGAGCCUUCCACCAAACGUACGCAUCAUGUUUGAAGUCCAGGAUCUGAAGUACGCCACUCUGGCCACAGUGUCGAGAUGUGGCAUGGUUUGGUUCAGUGAAGAUGUUCUAAGUACCGACAUGAUUUUCAACAACUUCCUGGCCAGGCUGAGGAGCAUCCCUCUGGACGAGGGCGAAGAGGAAGCUCAGCGCAGGCGGAAGGGCAAAGAAGAUGAGGGGGAAGAAACCGUUUCCCCGAUGUUGCAGAUUCAGAGAGACGCGGCUACGAUUAUGCAGCCCUACUUCACGUCGAACGGGCUAGUGACAAAGGCGCUCGAACAUGCCUUCAAGCUGGAGCACAUCAUGGAUCUCACACGCUUGCGCUGCCUCGGCUCUCUCUUUUCCAUGCUGCACCAGGCCUGCCGCAACGUGGCACAGUACAAUGCCAACCAUCCGGACUUCCCAAUGCAGAUAGAUCAGCUUGAACGCUACAUCCAGCGAUACCUGAUUUACGCAAUUCUGUGGUCGUUCUCCGGAGACAGCCGCCUGAAGAUGAGAGCAGAGCUGGGUGAAUACAUCAGAAGGAUCACCACUGUGCCACUGCCUUCGGCACCAAAUAUACCAAUAAUUGAUUACGAGGUAUCUAUUACUGGCGAGUGGGUGCCCUGGCAGUCGAAGGUUCCACAGAUUGAAGUUGAGACUCACAAAGUUGCAGCUCCAGAUGUUGUGGUGCCCACCCUGGACACUGUGCGCCAUGAGGCGUUGCUCUACACUUGGCUUGCUGAGCACAAACCGCUUGUCCUCUGUGGCCCGCCAGGUUCUGGAAAGACCAUGACUCUCUUCAGUGCACUCAGGGCUUUGCCUGACAUGGAGGUGGUUGGAUUGAACUUCUCCAGUGCUACUACUCCAGAGCUUCUCUUGAAAACCUUUGACCAUUACUGCGAGUACAGGCGAACUCCCAAUGGUGUGGUGCUGGCUCCCGUUCAACUGGGGAAAUGGCUGGUGCUCUUCUGCGAUGAAAUCAACUUGCCAGAUAUGGAUAAAUACGGCACACAGAGAGUCAUAUCCUUCAUUAGACAGAUGGUAGAACAUGGAGGCUUCUACCGAACGUCAGACCAGACAUGGGUAAAACUGGAGCGAAUUCAGUUUGUUGGAGCUUGUAACCCACCUACAGAUCCUGGAAGGAAACCCCUUUCGCACAGAUUCCUGCGCCAUGUCCCAGUUGUGUAUGUGGACUACCCUGGGCCAGCUUCUCUCACUCAGAUCUAUGGCACUUUCAAUCGGGCAAUGCUGAGGCUCAUCCCAUCUCUCCGCACCUACGCCGAGCCUCUCACUGCAGCUAUGGUUGAGUUCUAUACAAUGUCGCAGGAAAGGUUUACACAGGACACACAACCCCACUACAUCUAUUCACCCCGUGAAAUGACGCGGUGGGUGAGAGGCAUCUUUGAAGCUCUGAGACCACUGGAAACUUUACCUGUUGAAGGCCUUAUUAGAAUCUGGGCACAUGAAGCUUUGCGUCUCUUCCAGGACAGGCUUGUGGAAGACGAAGAGAGACGUUGGACUGAUGAAAACAUUGACAUGGUGGCUCUGAAACAUUUCCCCAACAUAGACAAAGAAAAAGCAAUGUGCAGGCCCAUUCUUUACAGCAACUGGUUGUCAAAGGAUUACAUCCCGGUUGAUCAAGAAGAGCUAAGAGACUAUGUAAAAGCCAGGCUGAAGGUCUUCUAUGAAGAAGAGCUUGAUGUACCGCUGGUCUUAUUCAAUGAAGUCUUGGAUCAUGUGCUGCGAAUUGACAGGAUCUUCCGUCAGCCUCAGGGACACUUACUCCUGAUUGGCGUUAGUGGAGCUGGGAAGACUACUCUCUCACGAUUUGUGGCUUGGAUGAAUGGCUUAAGCGUCUACCAGAUAAAAGUGCACAGAAAAUACACUGGAGAAGACUUUGACGAAGAUCUAAGAACAGUAUUGAGACGCUCUGGCUGCAAGAAUGAGAAAAUAGCAUUCAUAAUGGAUGAAUCAAAUGUACUCGAUUCUGGGUUCCUGGAGAGAAUGAACACUCUUCUGGCCAAUGGAGAGGUUCCUGGUCUGUUUGAAGGAGAUGAAUACGCCACUCUUAUGACUCAGUGUAAGGAAGGGGCUCAGAAAGAGGGCUUGAUGUUGGAUUCGCAUGAAGAGCUUUAUAAAUGGUUCACCAGCCAAGUCAUUCGCAAUCUCCACGUGGUCUUCACCAUGAACCCGUCUUCUGAGGGCUUGAAAGACCGGGCAGCCACGUCUCCAGCUCUCUUCAACAGGUGCGUCUUGAACUGGUUUGGAGACUGGUCGACGGAGGCCCUUUAUCAAGUUGGCAAGGAGUUUACCAGCAAAAUGGAUCUUGAAAAGCCAAACUACAUCGUGCCCGACUACAUGCCAGUGGUAUACGAUAAGCUGCCACAGCCACCGUCACACAGGGAAGCGAUUGUAAACAGCUGCGUGUUUGUUCACCUGACCCUUCACCAGGCUAACGCUCGCCUGGCAAAACGAGGAGGCAGGACCAUGGCCAUCACUCCUCGCCAUUAUUUGGACUUUAUCAACCACUAUGCCAAUUUAUUCAAUGAAAAAAGGAGUGAGCUGGAAGAGCAGCAGAUGCAUUUGAAUGUCGGUCUUAGGAAGAUCAAGGAAACCGUGGACCAGGUAGAAGAAUUGCGCCGUGACUUGAGAAUAAAAAGCCAGGAGCUGGAAGUCAAGAACGCAGCAGCUAAUGACAAGCUGAAAAAGAUGGUGAAGGAUCAGCAAGAGGCAGAAAAGAAAAAGGUCAUGAGCCAAGAAAUCCAAGAACAGUUGCACAAGCAGCAAGAGGUCAUUGCAGACAAGCAGAUGAGCGUGAAGGAAGAUCUGGAUAAAGUGGAGCCUGCAGUCAUUGAGGCUCAGAAUGCUGUUAAAUCAAUAAAGAAGCAGCAUCUGGUAGAGGUCCGUUCUAUGGCCAACCCACCCGGAGCAGUGAAGCUGGCCCUAGAGUCCAUCUGUCUGCUCUUGGGCGAAAGCACGACCGAUUGGAAACAGAUACGCUCCAUCAUUAUGCGGGAAAACUUCAUCCCAACCAUUGUAAACUUUUCGGCUGAGGAGAUCAGUGAUGCCAUACGGGACAAGAUGAAGAAGAACUACUUAUCAAAUCCAAGUUACAAUUAUGAAAUAGUGAACAGAGCAUCCCUGGCCUGUGGUCCUAUGGUAAAAUGGGCUAUCGCACAGCUGAACUACGCCGACAUGUUGAAGCGCGUGGAGCCCCUGCGGAAUGAGCUGCAGAAGCUGGAGGAUGAUGCCAAAGACAACCAAAAGAAGGCUAAUGAAGUGGAGCAGAUGAUCAGAGAUCUGGAGGCCAGCAUUGCCCGCUACAAGGAGGAGUAUGCCGUGCUGAUUUCUGAAGCUCAAGCUAUUAAGGCAGACCUGGCUGCUGUAGAAGCAAAAGUAAACCGUAGCACAGCUCUCUUGAAGAGCCUGUCUGCAGAACGUGAAAGAUGGGAGAAAACUAGCGAAACCUUCAAGAACCAGAUGUCCACCAUUGCAGGAGACUGCUUGCUCUCGGGAGCUUUUAUUGCUUACGCCGGUUACUUUGAUCAGCAAAUGCGUCAAAACCUCUUCACAACGUGGUCCCACCAUUUGCAGCAAGCAAAUAUUCAGUUCCGUACAGAUAUCGCAAGGACCGAAUACCUGUCCAAUGCAGAUGAACGCCUUCGCUGGCAGGCAAGCUCUCUACCUGCCGAUGACCUGUGCACCGAAAACGCAAUUAUGCUGAAGCGAUUUAACAGGUAUCCCCUGAUCAUCGAUCCCUCCGGGCAAGCUACCGAAUUCAUCAUGAAUGAAUAUAAGGACCGUAAGAUAACUCGUACCAGCUUCUUAGAUGAUGCUUUCAGGAAGAACUUGGAGAGCGCCUUGCGGUUUGGUAAUCCUUUGCUUGUUCAGGAUGUGGAGAGCUACGAUCCUGUCCUGAAUCCUGUGCUGAACCGAGAAGUUCGGAGAACUGGCGGCCGAGUUCUUAUUACCCUGGGAGAUCAGGAUAUUGAUCUGUCGCCAUCCUUUGUCAUUUUCCUCUCUACCAGGGACCCAACAGUUGAGUUCCCACCUGAUCUCUGUUCCCGCGUGACGUUUGUCAACUUCACCGUAACUCGUAGUAGCUUGCAGAGCCAGUGCCUGAAUGAGGUGCUGAAAGCAGAAAGACCAGAUGUGGACGAGAAACGCUCUGAUCUCCUCAAACUUCAAGGUGAAUUCCAGUUGCGUUUGCGGCAGUUAGAGAAGUCUCUUCUGCAAGCCCUCAAUGAAGUGAAGGGGCGGAUCUUGGAUGAUGACACUAUUAUAACGACACUGGAGAACCUGAAGAAAGAGGCGGCUGAAGUGACCAGGAAAGUAGAGGAAACGGACAUUGUCAUGCAAGAAGUGGAAACGGUGUCUCAGCAGUAUCUUCCGCUUUCUACCGCCUGUAGCAGUAUCUACUUCACAAUGGAGUCACUCAAACAGAUCCACUUCUUAUACCAGUAUUCUCUCCAGUUUUUCCUGGACAUUUAUCACAAUGUCUUGUACGAGAACCCAAAUCUGAAGGGCAUUACUGACCAUACCCAGCGGCUUUCCAUCAUCACAAAGGAUCUCUUCCAGGUGGCUUUCAAUAGAGUGGCUCGUGGUAUGCUCCAUCAGGAUCACAUCACCUUUGCUAUGCUGUUGGCAAGGAUUAAACUGAAGGGCACUAUUGGGGAGCCUACCUACGAUGCAGAAUUCCAGCACUUCUUAAGAGGGAAAGAAAUUGUCCUCAGCAACACAUCCCUUCCCAAGAUCAGCGGCCUGACUGUGGAGCAGCUGGAAGCCAUGAUGAGACUGAGCUGCCUUCCGGCAUUCAGGGACCUGGUUUCUAAAGUACAGGCUGAUGAUCAAUUCUGCAUCUGGCUCGAUAGCAGUUCCCCAGAGCAAACCGUGCCCUAUAUUUGGACCGAAGACAAGCCUGCAACACCCAUCGGGCAGGCUGUCCACCGCCUGCUUCUGAUCCAGGCUUUCCGUCCUGACCGUCUCCUGGCCAUGGCGCACCAGUUCGUUUCAACAAACCUCGGCGAAAGCUUCAUGUCCAUUAUGGAGCAGCCCUUGGAUCUGGCGCACAUCGUAGACACUGAGGUGAAACCAAACACUCCUGUGUUGAUGUGCUCAGUGCCCGGCUAUGACGCCAGCAGUCAUGUUGAAGACCUUGCUGCUGAGCAGAAUACACAGACAACUUCCAUUGCUAUUGGUUCUGCCGAAGGUUUUAACCAAGCGGACAAGGCCAUCAAUACAGCAGUGAAAUCGGGCAGGUGGGUCAUGCUGAAGAACGUCCACUUAGCCCCCGGGUGGUUGAUGCAGCUGGAGAAGAAACUUCAUUCCCUCCAGCCUCAUGCCUGCUUUAGGCUCUUCCUGACAAUGGAAAUCAAUCCCAAAGUGCCAGUGAACUUGCUACGUGCUGGCCGCAUUUUCGUCUUUGAGCCGCCACCUGGUGUGAAGGCCAACAUGCUGAGAACUUUUAGCAGCAUUCCUGUGUCCAGAAUGUGCAAGUCACCAAAUGAGCGUGCUCGCCUCUAUUUCCUCCUUGCAUGGUUCCAUGCCAUCAUUCAAGAGCGUCUGCGAUACGCUCCUCUGGGCUGGUCGAAAAAAUACGAAUUUGGUGAAUCGGAUCUGAGAUCUGCGUGCGAUACUGUAGAUACGUGGCUAGAUGACACGGCUAAGGGCCGUCAGAACAUCUCACCCGACAAGAUCCCCUGGUCUGCUCUGAAGACUCUGAUGGCCCAGUCGAUUUACGGUGGCCGUAUCGAUAAUGAGUUUGACCAGCGCUUGCUGAACACUUUCCUGGAGCGCCUGUUCACCACUCGGAGCUUUGACAGCGAAUUCAAGUUGGCUUGUAAGGUGGAUGGACAUAAAGACAUUCAGAUGCCAGACGGAAUCAGGCGUGAAGAAUUUGUCCAGUGGGUGGAGCUGCUGCCGGACACCCAGACCCCAUCCUGGCUGGGCUUGCCAAACAACGCAGAGAAAGUUCUUCUCACCACACAGGGUAUCGACAUGAUCAGCAAAAUGCUGAAAAUGCAAAUGUUGGAAGAUGAAGACGAUUUGGCCUAUGCAGAAACUGAGAAGAAGGCGCGAACAGACUCCACCUCGGAUGGCCGCCCAGCCUGGAUGCGAACCCUGCACACUACAGCUUCCAACUGGCUCCAUGUUAUCCCGCAAACUCUGAAUCACCUGAAACGUACUGUAGAAAACAUUAAGGACCCAUUGUUCAGAUUCUUCGAGAGGGAAGUGAAGAUGGGAGCCAAACUCCUCCAAGACGUCAGGCAAGAUCUGGCAGAUGUCGUUCAAGUGUGCGAGGGCAAGAAGAAACAAACCAACUAUCUGCGGACCCUUAUUAACGAGUUGGUGAAAGGCAUUCUGCCUCACAGCUGGUCUCACUACACGGUGCCGGCCGGCAUGACAGUGAUACAGUGGGUGUCUGACUUCAGUGAACGCAUUAAGCAGCUCCAGAAUAUCUCCCAGGCGGCAGCUUCUGGUGGAGCCAAAGAACUUAAGAAUAUCCAUGUGUGCUUGGGAGGCCUCUUCGUGCCCGAGGCCUACAUCACCGCUACAAGACAGUAUGUGGCUCAGGCAAACAGCUGGUCCCUUGAAGAACUCUGCCUGGAGGUCAAUGUGACAACCACUCAGAACGCAGUACUAGAUGCCUGCAGUUUUGGAGUGACAGGUCUGAAGCUUCAAGGGGCUACUUGCAACAACAACAAACUGUCCCUCUCCAAUGCAAUUUCAACAGUUUUGCCCAUAACUCAGCUGCGUUGGAUCAAGCAGACCAACGCUGAUAAAAAGGCUAACGUGGUGACUCUUCCGGUUUACCUGAACUUCACUCGCGCUGAUCUGAUUUUCACGGUCGACUUUGAAAUCGCAACCAAGGAAGAUCCUCGGAGCUUCUAUGAACGUGGCGUGGCUGUUCUGUGUACUGAAUAAAAAGCUUAAUACAUAA